AUGAACUUCGACGUCCCGUUCGAUCUGACCCAGUUCCUUGGAAGCCUUGAGUCUGUCAUUAAUACAGAGAUCCUUCCCCUUCAGCAUUCAGAUGAUAACAACCGCUUCUUUGACCACCGGCGUGAAUUUUCUCGAACGGAUUGGAGAAAGGGCGGGCUUCCAGCGAUAGAAUGGGAGAUUCUUCUCACGAAAGCUCGGUCCAUCGCAGACAAAGCGGGCUUCUAUCGCUUCGCCCUUCCCAGCAUCUAUGGCGGAAAGUCCCACCCCCAAACUAACCUCUGGAUGGCGGUCAUCCGGUACCACCUUGCGUCUCACCCAGUCUACGGCGGCGGAUUGGGAUUAGCCAAUGAUCUACAGAACGAACACAGCGUAGUCGGGAAUUUUCCCGAUAUUCUGAUGAUCCAUCAUUUCGGAUCGGAGGAACAGCGCCGCAUACUCAUUCCUCUACGUCUUGAAGGCAAAUUCCGAGCUACGUUCGGGCUCACGGAACCUUGUCAUGGCAGCGAUGCUACGUUCAUGAACACGGUCGCAAGUCAAGUUCCGGACGGGUUUCAAAUCUCCGGUACAAAAAAAUGGCAGACAGGCGCGCAUAAUAGCACGCAUUUCAUCAUCUUCGCGAGGACUUCGGGCACACCGGGUUCUAGUCGGGGGAUAACGGCAUUCCUUGUUCCCCGCGAGACGAAGGGGGUGGGGAUUGUGAGUUACGAAUGGACGAUGAAUAUGCCGACCGAUCAUGCGACCGUAACUUUAGAACGGGUUUUCGUGUCACCCGAGGCUGUGCUGGGAACUGUUGGCGAGGGAUUGGCGAUCGCGCAGACAUUCGUGCAUGAAAAUCGACUCCGACAGGCGGCUAGUUCGUGUGGUGCGGCAAAGUUCUGCCUGGAUCGGAGCAUUGAGCGCGCGAAGAACAGGAAAAUUUGGGGCGGAAAGAGCCUGUCCGAGAACCAGGGCAUUCAGUUUCCAGUCGUUGAGUUGGUGACGCAGGUUGAGAUGCUCCGACUGCUGAUUCUGAAGACUAGCGUGGAUAUGGAUCGGGUAGCUGGGGAGGCGGAGAGCGAGGGGAGAAAGCCUUGGGUGGAGAUCGAGAAGAAACUGAGCGAUAAGGUCGCAAUGUGCAAUUUUUGGGCUAACAGAUUAGUUUGCGAGGCGGCGGAUAGGGCGAUUCAGAUCCAUGGGGGAGAUGGAUACUCGCGCCAUUAUCCAUUCGAGCACAUUUAUCGGCAUUUUAGAAGGUAUAGAAUUACGGAGGGGUCGGAAGAAAUCCAGAUGAGAAAGAUUGCGGGGUCUCUGUUCGGAUUUAGAGAGGGAAACAGGGAGAAGAAGCUGUGA